AUGCGGUUUGCCUUCGCUAUUCCCUUCGCGGGGCUCGCCCUUGCAUCGUCUAUCCCGGACGUGUCGAGCACGCUUCAAAAUAUUUUGAAGAACACGGAGCAGACGAACAAGUACAAAUACCCGACUGACUUCACACGAGGUAUUCUACCGAAGCCAUUCCAUUCUCACAACGACUACUGGAGGGAUGUGCCAUUCUACUCUGGCCUCUCUUACGGCGCCGUCUCUACCGAAGCAGACGUCUGGCUAAUCAACGGGACCCUCUACGUCGGGCAUGAGCGCCAGGCCCUGACCAAAGAGCGAACCCUAGAAUCGCUCUACAUUAACCCCAUCCUCGACACUCUGCAUCGCCAAAAUCCCGUGACAGACUUCUCCAACGAAGCGACAUUCAACGGCGUCUUCGAUAUGUCAAGCGCUCAGACCUUGUACUUCUUCAUCGACCUUAAGACAUCGGGACCGGAAACCUGGCCAGCCGUACUAUCUGCGCUCGAACCUCUGCGGAAUGCAGAAUACCUCUCCACGUACGACGGGACGACGUUCACUUCGAAGCCCGUCACUGUAAUCGGAACCGGUAACACGCCAAUCUGGCUUGUGCAAUCUGCCGUCCCGCGUGAUGCUUUCUACGAUGCGCCAUUGGCUCAGUUGGGCGGCGAAUUUUCCAAUAUAACCGCGAACGACUCCCCUAUUGCUAGUACGGACUUCGAGGCAAGCUUUGGUCAGGUCCGCACGGAGAGCUUCAACGACACGCAGUUGGAGACUUUGCGUAAGCAGCUCAAGACGGCCCACGAUAAGGGGAUCAAGGCGAGGUAUUGGAAUCAGCCUGGCUUCCCCAUUGGUACAAGGAAUGCUGUUUGGAGGACGCUGUAUAAUGAGGGAGCUGAUUUCGUCAAUGUGGAUGAUCUUGAGGGCGCGGCUGGAUUUUGGGAGAGUCACGGUUGA